AUGAACUUACCCCCUAAUCCUCCUGAAAUAUGUGUUACUUCCGUUUCCUCGGAUUUUGAUAAGUUGAGUAUCUCUUCUGACGAUGCUAAGGAAGGGGACCGUUAUGACCGCGAUCGUUAUAAUAGAGACCAUGACGGCGAGGGAAGAGGAUACAACAAGAGGGAUCAACGACACGAAGAACGAAGCUAUGAGAAUCACAGACGUGGAGUGAUGAGAGGCAGCGUGAGAGGGGCUAGCUCAUACACGCGUGGGCAACCGACGCGAACAUUCACAGCAUUGAAUCAUGACGGCAACAACUAUCAACGCGAUGAAGUGCCGCCGCAGAGAAAUGCAGGUUAUUCGCCAAGAGCUUUAGACAAUGGCGCUUUCUAUGAUACUCGAGGCGGCUAUGUGCCUCGAGGUGGCUAUGUUGGACGCGGACGUGGAGGAGUUGUAACAUCUCCUCGCGGUGGUUACUGUCCACGCGGGGACAGCUUUCCAACUCGAGGAUUCACAGGACCGAAGCGGUACUCGGAACAGCGUGGCGAAAUUCUACCGCCGGCAACAAUUGCUGUACCGGCUGUACCACCACCGAUUCCUCCACCACAGCAUAACUUCAGUAUGCCACGUCAACCGACCGAUGUGGUAUACUUCGAUCCCACCCAGCAGGACAAUUUCAAAAUUUUUCUAUUUGUCUAG